AUGGCUGACAGAAUUAAACUCAUUGUUCAAAAACGGACGUCAUUGAAAUCACAAAUCACGAAUUUGGCUAAUCUCCUCGACAAAGGCGACACGGAAGGCAGUGCUUUGAGACUGCGCAUUAAACGGUUGUCGGAUCAGUUUCACGCGUUCGAGGAUUUCAAUGAUGAACUUGCGGUAUUAGACUCAAGCGACGCACACCAGACCGAAUAUGCAAACAUCCAAGAUCGUUUCUACAUACUCGCGAGUCGCGUUGAGGACAAGUUGAACGCGGCGGAUACAGCGAAAAAGGCCGAUAACGCGGCGAGUGAUGAAUCGACAGUCAAAAACGCGAACACCGUAAUAACCACUAAAAGACGCGUUAAAUUGCCCGAGGCUCCUUUACCGACAUUUGACGGCAAGUUCGAAAAUUGGUUGACGUUUAAAAACGCGUUCUUUGACAUGAUAGGCUCGCGUACCGAUCUAACAGACGUCGACAAGUUGCAUUAUUUAAAAUCCGCGUUGACAGGUGAAGCCAGCAACAAGAUUAAAAUAUUCGCGAUCGAUAACGAAAAUUAUGCGAAGGCUUGUGAGCUAUUAGAGCGCGCCUAUGAGGUCAAGCGGAUUUUAGUCACGCGUCACAUUUCGAGCAUUGUGAAUUUGCCGGUGUUAGACAGGGAGACUACGGAGGGUCUAACAAAGCUCGCCGACGACGUUCAGCAGCAUGUCGCGUCGUUAAAUACAUUAGGUGUCGCAAUCGGUCAGGAAAUGAUCAUAUAUCUCAUUGAGGGUAAAUUACCGAGAUCCACAUUAGACAAGUGGGAAAUCACGCUAAAUCGAGAGACUCUCCCUAAAUUAGAAGAAAUGUACGAAUUUCUGUAUAAAACAGCGGUGUGCGUAUCGAGACGAGAACGAGCGAAAUCGGUAGAAUCAAAUAAAGCUAAGGGAGAACCCCCGAUCAAAAAGAGAAAAAUCGACAUUCCAAAUCGCGUUUUUAUAACAAAAACCUCGCAUAACUGCGCGGUGUGUAAGGGCAAAAAACAUCCGUUGUACAUGUGUAACGGAUUCAAGCAAUUAAGCGUGGCGGAUCGUAUUGACACGGAUUUAACAUGCUUAACGAUAUCGAUGAUCGCUAAUCUAGUACCAGCGGAAAUCUUUCCACGAGACGCACUAAAAUUACCGCGAAACGUUAAAUUAGCGGACCCCGAAUUUUAUUUACCGCGGCCCGUCGGUUUGUUAAUAGGCUCGGGCGCGACCUUGUCUUUACUGACCGACGGUCGGAUCGAUUUAUCUGGCGAAGGAUACGAUUUACAUCUUCAAAAUACACGCUUAGGGUGGGUAAUAGCCGGCGGAACACCCCCACAAUUAUCGUCAGAAGGCACAUAUUGCAUGAUGAAUUUAGACAGUCAAUUGAUAAAAUUUUGGUCAAUAGACGAAAUCACAGGAAACGAAAUAAAAUCGGAGGAAGAUUCCGACUGUGAAGCACACUUCGCGAAUACCGUUGCGCGCCUUCAUGACGGGCGAUACGUAGUUCGUUUAUCUUUUCGCAAAACAAAUAAGGUUCUCGGCGAAUCUAGAUCGAUGGCAUUCAGACGUCUGUUGUCUCUGGAGCGCAAACUGAGCAUAAACACGGUUCUAAGAAACGAAUACGAGCGGAUCUUCGAAGAAUACUUACGGCUAGAACACAUGUCAUUGAUUCGCAAUCCGGACGAUCGCGGUUAUUACAUGCCUCACCACGCGGUAAUGAAGGAAGCGAGCGAUACCACUAAGGUCCGGAUAGUGUUCGACGCGUCAAUGAAAUCCAAUUCCGGUAUGUCCUUAAAUGACAUAUUAAUGACAGGUCCUACAAUACAAGCAAAAUUAUUCCUACACUUGAUUCGCUUUCGUGUUUACGAGUAUGUUAUCUCUGCUGACAUCGAGAAAAUGUAUCGCCAGGUGAUAUUACACGAGGACGAUCGGCGAUAUCAGCGGAUCUUGUGGCGCCAGGGCGGCGUAGUCAAAACAUUUCAACUUAACGUUCUUACAUUCGGUAUUUCCUCCUCUCCAUUUUUAGCAAUCCGCGUGAUUAAAAAAUUGGCUGAUGAUGAACGAGAAACUUUUCCUAGAGCGGCAGAGAUCCUCAAAUCUCAUCUGUACGUUGAUGACCUAUUGACCGGCGCUGAAUCCAUCGAUGAGGCCCGUAGGAUUCGAGUCGAAGUGACCGAGUUAUUGGCACGCGGCGGUUUCGUUAUUAGACAGUGGGCAUCCAAUGACGAACGAAUCAUAAACGAUUUAGAGGCUAAUGCACUACACGCGAGUUUCACUUUAAAUACAGACCGGGCAUUGAAAACAUUAGGCAUAAUAUGGAACACGCGAGACGACCAAAUUUCCUACACUACUAACCCAAUUAAAAGUUUCGAGCAGGUGACAAAGCAAAGAGUGUUAUCGGAGAUCGCGAAGAUUUUUGAUCCUAUAGGCUUAUUAGGCCCGGUUAUACUAUUCGCCAAGAGAUUGAUGCAAGACGUGUGGCGGUGCGGAAUACACUGGGAUGAGCCCGUUCCGCGAAUUAUUCUCAAUGAAUGGUCCGAGUUUACGCGUCAGUGGGAAUUGAUGGACCACAUUUCCUUCGAUCGUAAGCUGUUAAUAGAAAAUCACUCUAAUAUACAGAUUCAUGGCUUUUGUGAUGCUAGCAGGGUCGGAUAUGGCGUUUGUAUUUACGUACGCUCAAAGAAUAAUCGAGACGCCGUGUUAUCGCGUUUAUUGUGCGCCAAGUCGCGAGUUGCGCCGUUAAAGCCCGUGACCAUUCCACGUCUUGAGCUCUGUGGAGCAUUAUUGUUAGCACGAUUAUACCAUGAAGUAAUCAAUACGUUAAAUUUCGUUCCUAACAGGGUAAUCUUUUGGUGCGAUUCGACUAUAGCGUUGCACUGGCUCAAGACUGAAACACAUAAACUUAAGACGUUCGUAGCUAAUCGAGUCACGGAGAUUCGAGACCUCACUGAGACAGUAGAGUGGAAACACAUCCGAACAAAAGAUAAUCCCGCGGAUGCGGUCUCAAGAGGCCAACUUCCUCUCGUUUUCUUACAAAAUAAAACGUGGCGGGCAGGCCCUUCGUGGUUAAUCGACAAUGAGAAUCAAUGGCCUAACGAUAUCAUACAAAGUUGCGAAGUUCCCGAACUAAAAAAGAACACCUGUUUAACAACGACGUCGGGUAAUCUAGAAAUCUUAUAUAGAUUUUCAUCUUACGCUAAAUUGUGUAGAAUUGUCGCGUACUGUCGCCGUUUUCGUCCCGCCAACAAAUACAAUGGUGCGUUAUGUAACAAGGAGAUCUCUGAAGCCGAGAUACAAAUUUUGAAAAAAUUGCAAUCAUCUCAAUUUCAAAGGGAAAUUAAGGAGCUUGAAAAUAAAGGUCGCGUCAUCAAACAUAGAAUUGCCGGUUUGAAUCCGUUUCUAGACCAAAAUGGUAUCAUCAGAGUCGGAGGCCGUCUGCGGGGAUCAAAUCUAUCUUUUGCUCAGAAGCAUCCGAUCCUCCUCCCAAACCGUAACCCGCUAACUGACAUCAUCAUUCGCGAAACGCAUGAAUCAAAUUAUCACGCAGGUAUUCAGCACACGUUAGCUACCAUGCGUCAGAGGUUCUGGGUACUCGAUGGUAGAAAUCAAGUGCGCAAAGUCGUUCGCACAUGCGUACGGUGUUUUAGAUUCGAUUCUAACAACAUCCAGCCCAAAAUGGGAAACCUCCCCGCAGUACGCGUAAGCGAGGCAAUUCCAUUUUCCAAUACCGGCAUCGAUUUCUGCGGGCCAUUUUAUAUUAAGGAACGAAAAUUCCGUAACAGGACACGGAUUAAGCCGCGCUGCGACGUUUCGCCGCGAGACGAGGAUUACCGGAGCACAUAUACUCUCGACAAUGGCACGAACUUCGUCGGCGCCAGUAAUCAAUUAAAAGAAGUAUACGCCUUGCUUAAUUCCGAAAAUCACAAAGAUCGGAUAAACAAAUUCGCGAGCGACCGUCGUAUAGUGUGGCAUUUUAUUCCGCCGGCAGCACCACAUUUCGGUGGACUGUGGGAAAGCACUGUGAAAUUAUUUAAACAUCAUUUUCGACGCGUGAUAGGAGAUUCCUUAUUCACAUUCGAAGAAUUAAAUACGUUUGUCGCCGAAGUCGAGGGGAUUUUAAAUUCCAGGCCAAUUACCACACUUUCGUCUGACCCCAAUGAUAUGUCCGUUCUAACACCAGCUCACUGUUUGAUUGGCAAGCCUCUAACGGCCCUCCCGGAGGGCGAUAUGACUUGUGUUCCAGCUAAUCGUCUGUCUACCUGGCAACACAUUGCAAAGGUUAGACAAGACUUCUGGGCACGAUGGUAUCUUGAAUACCUUAACGAACUACAAGUACGCCACAAGUGGACCAAAGACGGCCCACAAUUGAAGUUUGGAACCACAGUUCUGAUCAAAGACAAGCGGAUUCCCUGUACGCAGUGGAUGUUAGGCCGAAUCACAAAAUUGUUUCCAGGCCAAGACGACAUAAUCAGAACCGUCUCCGUUAUGACGGCAUCUGGAGAGAUAAUGAGACCGGUCAAGAGUCUCUGUCCAUUACCAAUGGAACAAGCGUAA